AUGAAAGUGUUGGUACUGCUGCGUGUUUGUUUCUUUGGAAAAGGAUUUUGGGUCGAUGAUCUCGUGAGUCGAACAAUAUUGCCAGCUAGUCUCGCAGGCACUUGGUUGCAUGUGGCAUUUGUUUAUGAUUUUUCCAUUAAACAACAAAAUAUCUAUCGCAAUGGUUACAAUGAUGGACAAGCAAAUUUAACUGGAACACCUGCUGCUUAUGUGGGUACAUCAGGUCUGGUCAAUAUAGGUGCUUUUCAAACAAAUAAUCAAUUCAAGGGACUUAUUGAUCAUAUGUUCGGUAUGUCGGGUUGA